UUCUCCGUUUCUUGACAAUUUCAAUUACAAAGUGUUACACAAAGUCUUCAAUUUUUCAAUAUAUACUACUUGUCUCAUUUCUCAGCUUAUUAAUUGCUUGCUUUUUUCUUACUAUUAGAUCUGGGCUGUCAAUUUUUCAAGCUAAUAGGGAACAUUUCGUUUCCUAAUCCAAGCUUCAAAUGAAGAAGGCCUUAGGUCAAACUGUUCGUGAUUUAAAAAGAGAGGUGAACAAAAAGGUUCUUAAAGUUCCUUCUAUAGAACAGAAGGUACUCGAUGCUACAAGCAAUGAGCCGUGGGGCCCUCAUGGUUCACAUCUUGCUGAUAUUGCACAAGCAUCAAGAAACUAUCAUGAGUACCAAAUGAUCAUGUCAGUACUAUGGAAACGUAUAAACGACACUGGGAAAAAUUGGCGGCAUGUGUACAAGGCUUUGACUGUCCUGGAAUACCUGGUUGCCAAUGGGACAGAGCGUGUCAUAGAUGAGAUUAGGGAGCAUGCUUAUCAGAUAUCAACAUUAUCCGAUUUUCAAUAUAUUGAUUCAAGUGGACGGGACCAAGGUAGCAAUGUCAGGAAGAAAUCUCAAAGUCUUGUUGUACUUGUAAAUGAUAAAGAAAGAAUACAAGAAGUUCGUGAAAAGGCUGCUGCCAAUAGGGAAAAGUACCGCAACACUUCAACAGGUGGUAUGUAUAAACCUGGUUCUUAUACGAGUGGCGGAGGGUAUGGUGAACGCUAUGAAGAUGAUCGAUAUGAAGGCAGUUAUGGGAGCAGGGAUGAGGAUCCAAAUGGGUACGGGAGAGAAAGAGAAUGGCGCUCUAGAGAUGAUGACAGAUAUAGCAAGUAUGGUGACUCCAGUAACCGUGAUAGGGAUUAUUAUGGUAGAGAGUCUGAAGAGCGCUCUGGCCGAGAUGGCUACAAGGAUAAUAGUUCUCGCGGAAGAAGUCAGAAUGGAGAUGACUACAAUUAUGGUGUGAGAAGUAAGAGUUCUGAGAGAGACCGCACCUACGAGGAUGAUAGUCAAUAUUCUUCUAGGGUAAGUGGUGCGAAGGCUGAUGACCAUUACCAGGACGAAAGUGUUGCAGGCAGGCGCGCUGAGCAGAUUCGUGCUGCACCUCCCAGCUAUGAAGAGGUUGUUGGCGAGAAUCGUAGCCCUACUAAUGUUGAAAGAAACAGUGAAGCUUCAAAAUCCGUUGCUCCAAAAUUAUCAGCUCCUCCUCAAAAUGCCAGUGAUCGGGAUAGCACGUUCUCUAGCCCGACUAUGGCUCCUGCUUUAGCAACUUCUGCUGCGCCAGUCCCAGCAACUUCUGUCGCGCCAGCUCCAGCAACUUCUGUCGCGCCAGCUCCAGCAACUUUUGCUGCACCAGCUCCAAAUCACAAGGAAUUUGAUGGCGGUUUUAAUGCUUUUGAUCCACGUGGUACCUUUUCAGCUGCUCCGACUCCCGCAAGUAAUUCCGAUGUGGACUUCUUUGGCUCUAUGUCAGACUCAUUUGCUUUGAACUCAUUAGCCAUUGUGCCCACUGCGGCAGAAACAACAGAAUCUAACGCCUUCACCAAUUCUGGAUCUAAUCAGACAUCUGAAGAUCCUUUUGGCGAUGGCCCUUUUAGAGCUAUAUCUUCUGUACAAAAUGUCCCAACUCAGGUGCCAAUUGUUGAGUCAUCACCCUCCUUCCAAAAUGGCAUAAAUAAUUCCGAAACUCCAAUAUUAACUUCUCAGAAUACAGAGACUGCCAGUAACUUUGGUUUCGGAAACACUGAUAUUUUAGCAGAUAUUCUCCCACCAUCUGGACCUUCUCCCACAGGUUUUCCUGCUCAAAUGAUGCAGCCAACCUCACAAUUAGGUUUUGCAAGUCACAGUGGGCCUCCUCCAGUACAUACAGGUUUUCAAGGUCAACCGGAUCAAUAUUCAUCCUUGGCAGGCUAUCCACCUCAUUUGGGCCAAGCUUCAUCUCCAGCAGCAUUUCCAGCUCAGGGACAAGUUGGCGUACAGACAAGUUUUCCAUUACAAAGUGGGCAACCAGGAUCCUUUACAAGUUUUCAAUCUCAAAUGGGGAGCACACAAACGUCCAGUUUUGCUGCUCCCAGUCAACCUUCACUACCUGGAGCUAAUUUUAAUGGGAAUUCUGGUCACCAAUCUGGCUCGGCAGUCCCAGCACUUCAACCUAUGCCACCACAAAGAUUUGCUGGCGCACCUGCAAAUUAUAACCAUAUGAAUUCACAAUAUAACUUACAGACGACUUCUCAAAUGCAACAAGCAGGAACAACUUCUACAGAUUCUCUUGCUAUAGUUCCUCAACCAGCAAGUGACAAGUUUCAGACCAAGUCCACAGUUUGGGCAGAUACCCUAAAUCGUGGACUUGUUAAUCUGAAUAUAUCUGGAUCCAAAACAAAUCCUUUGGCUGAUAUUGGUGUGGAUUUUGAUGCCAUUAAUCGAAAAGAGAAGAGGAUGGAAAAACCUAGUCAAAAACCCGUUGUAUCAACUAUUAACAUGGGUAAAGCUAUGGGUUCUGGUUCUGGAAUUGGCCGGGCAGGUGCAAAUGCUCUUCGAGGUGCACCAAGCCCAAUGGUAGGUAAUGGAAUGCAAGUGGGCAUUGGUGGAGCGCCUGGUAUAGGCUUGGGCAUGGCUGGUGCUCGUGGUCCAGGCAUGAAUAUGAUUCACGGUCCUAGUGCAGGAAUGGGAAUCGGUAUGGGUAUGGGUAUGGGAGGUGGUUAUGGAAAUCAGCCUAUGGUUGGAGGAAUGAACAUGGGUAUGGGUGGAGGUAUGAACAUGGGUAUGAGACCGGGAGUUGCAAUGCAGCAGCAACCAUCAGGAUUUCCUCAGGGACCGGCUAUGGGAGGUUAUAAUCCAAUGAUGGGUCCAGGAGUUUAUGGUCAACAACCAUACAAUGGUGGCUACUGAUGAGAACAACCAACUUUUGUCUUCUACAAAGACCAUGAGAUUAAUUAGGAUCCAUUUGAUGUGAAUAGUUGGGCGUUCAGUGGUUUUUCUGCAUCAAAGUUUUGCCUUCAGUUUGCACAGCAUAACUAAAUAUUGGUAAAUACCUUUAUAUUUCAAAGAUUUGGCUUGUACGAUAUAAUGUUGUAUUCCUCCGAUUAUAAUUUUUUCCCUAGUUUCCUGUUGUACAUGGAUGUCAACACAUUCGUUUUUCAAGCUCAUUUCUACUUUGUCAUGGAAGUUGUAUAUUUCGGCAGUUACGAGUCAAAAACAGCUUACAAGCAAAUAUGAUGGAUGCCCUCAAGAACGUGGAUCGAAUGUAGCCCGGGUGGAGUAUUCCAACUGUUGUGAAGUAUACCGAAAUAGCUUUUAAGUUUUUCUAUCUCCAUAUUCAUAUGACAUUCCACCUUUCUUUUCCUUUGAAAGUGUAAUAAACAAGAAUUUUGAUUUUCUUUUGAGCAACUUGCAUUUGCUUAUGGUGGACGAGUCAAAAAAAAUUAUUCAGAAAUAUAGAAUUAGUUGGGAAUUCUUUA